CUGUUGCGCCUUUUUCUCCACUCUGUCUGUGUGUGUAGACCAUUUCAGUUUGUUUGUGAUAUGUACAGCCUGUCAGGAAGUCCAGGACCCAGUUGCGCAGGGUGGGGACUCAAGGACUCAAGCUUUAUGAUGAGUUUGGAGGCUACUGUGGUGUUGAAUGCUGAGCUGUAAACUCAAAAACAUGGCAGAAAGUGACUGGGAUACCGUGACCAUACUGAGGAAGAAGGGACCAACUGUCGCACAGUCGAAGUCGAAACAGGCUGUUGCAGCAGCUCAAAGACGUGGAGAAGAACUUGAUACCACUAAGAAAUGGGCUGCAGGACAAAACAAACAGCACGUGAUCACCAAGAAUACAGCAAAGCUUGACAGAGAGACUGAAGAGCUUCAACACCAAAGAGUAUCUCUGGAGGUGGGCAAGGUCAUCCAACAAGGCCGGCAAAAUCAGGGCCUGACGCAGAAAGACCUGGCCACUAAAAUCAAUGAAAAACCACAGAUAAUUGGAGACUACGAAUCUGGAAAGGCUAUCCCCAAUAACCAAGUAAUGGGAAAGAUUGAAAGAGCAAUUGGACUGAAGUUGCGUGGGAAGGACAUUGGGAAACCCUUGGAGGCAGUCCCAAAGAAAAAGUGAAGGCAAUGCCUUGAAGCAGCUAGCCUACAGUACUACCACCACAGCUGACAGCCUUGUCAAUUCUCUGGAGCGCUAGCACAUCUUAACCAGUUUAUUUAAUUAACUCGGGCUGCUACUUUCUUUUACUGCGCUGAUUCCAGUAAUGAAUGUCAAGCUUGUGGGACCUGAUUUAAACAAUAUUGCAUAACUAAAUUCAAAUUUAUUGUGGUUUUGUUUUGCAUCUGGCUUUCAGCAAACCACAAGAAGAGAAUGGAUUUUAAUGAAUGGUUUUAAUGUCUUCAAAACUAUAUUCUAUACUCCCUGAGGUCUGUCUCCAUGCUCGUUGUGUGGUCAUUCCCUUUCAACUAGACAUGGAUAAGUUUGGCAUUUUGGCUAAAAUGUUUUAUUAUAGUGUAUGCUUUUCAAACAUUUAUGCAAGAAUGCUGCUUUCAUGGGCUGAUAUCUCCUGAAAAAGUGAUUUAUUCAAUCAAGGGCCUGAAGUUAAACUAAAUAAUAAAAUAUGGUAUAUGGAA